UUGAAUUGGGGUUCUAAACAAGCUCUUGUGUUUUUACACAUUUCGAGCUUUCAUAAAGCAUUAAAAAUGACAGGCCAAAAUGAAAACUAUGAAAUUGAAGGAAAUAGAAAAUAGAGUAGAGAUGGAAAAGAGAGAGGAAGAACACUUAAGAUUACGUGGUUCGGCAUAAUGGCCUAUGUUCAUGGUGUAAAGCCUUAGACAAUUACAUAGGGAAUCCUAAUAUGGUAUAUAUAAGAGCUAUAGGGUCUAGGAUUAGCCCUAGACAAACUUAAUUUAUACUAAGCUGGGCAUCUUGAUCCAAAUGCACAAUAAACCACUAUAAUAAAAUUAUCUUUUAACAAAAACACAGCCAUCCAUCUAAGUUACCAGAAUGCUAAUACCGACAAAAUUUAAAUCUUAAACAUUCUUAAUGCACGCAUAACUAAAUCGUGCGCCCAAGUAGUAACAAAAAGCUUUGGCUCUUCCACAAGCACUAAUGCUUCUGACUGUGUUUUUUGAUUCAUGAACUUGCAUGAGAAGAUCAUUUUCUAUGCAAUCUGAUAACAAUGAAUCCACUACUCUUUCAAUAAACUAUAGUGUCGGUAAUAUUAAAACUACUAAUCUGUGAGGUUUAUUGAAGUAUCAAAUUCAGAGCAGUAUUGAAUUCUGGCAGACACUAUCUGCAGCAGCCAUACAUCAUCAGCACUUAUAAAGUAACAACAUAUCAAUUAUAUUAUAACAGAUUAUAAACUUGCUAAGGCACACACUGUCUCGGCUAUAAAUUAAGCUUGCAAGAUGCUGCAUGCUUCAAGGCCUUAACGCUUGCAUUACAUUAUUUUUUUUUAGUUUCUUUGCAAUAUCCCUCAACUACUUCUGUCGAAACUACUGAAAUAAUCAUGAAGAAGUCUGAUAGCUUCUACGGUUAUUCUUUGAUUCUGGCUUUCUUUAUGUUAUUCCUUGCUGCAAGGUCUCAAUUGACUACAGAUUUUUAUAAGGCAUCAUGCCCAAAUCUUAUCUUUAUUGUGAGGAGAGGGGUUCAAAAUGCUAUCAAGAUUGAAAUGCGUAUGGCUGCGUCUUUGCUUCGGCUUCAAUUCCAUGAUUGCUUUGUGAAUGGUUGCGAUGCAUCAAUACUAUUGGAUACAAGUGAUGGUGAGAAGUUUGCCCUUCCCAACUUAAAUUCAGUUAGAGGAUUUGAUGUUGUGGAUAAUAUCAAAAGCUCAGUGGAGAGUGCAUGUCCUGGUGUUGUAUCAUGUGCUGAUAUAGUAGCCAUAGCUGCUCGAGAUUCAGUGCUCUUAAGUGGAGGACCUACAUGGAAGGUUCCGUUGGGCAGAAGAGAUGCGCUAGUGGCAAAUCAAACGGGAGCAAAUACUGGGCUUCCUUCUCCAUUUGACAGCCUGGGUAAUAUCGCUCUUAAGUUUGCAAAUGUAGGCCUCAAUCUCACAGAUGUGGUAUCCUUAUCAGGAGGUCAUACAAUUGGACUAUCUAGGUGUCUUCUCUUCAGCAAUAGGCUGUUCAACUUCGCCGGAACAGGCAAUCCAGACAGUACUUUGGAUACGAAUAUGUUGUCCGAUUUGCAAAAUAUAUGCCCAGUGAAUGGUGAUGCAAACAAGGCAACAUUCCUGGAUCGAAACUCAAAUGAUUUGUUUGACAACCACUACUUUCAGAACUUGAUCAAUAGAAAGGGUCUUCUUAGUUCUGACCAAAUUUUAUUCUCUAGUGAUGAGGCCAAAACGACAACCCUAAGUUUGGUCCAAAGAUACAGCACUAAUAGUGCACUUUUCUUUGCGGACUUUGCUAAUUCCAUGAUCAAGAUGGGGAAUAUAAGUCCACUUACUGGGUCCAGUGGACAGAUCAGAAAGAACUGUAGGGUUGUGAACUCAUAAAUUGUGUUGAACUUAACAAGGAUUUGAUUUGGGAAAAAAGAAGAAGAUAUGUACUAAAGUAUGCUACUCGUUGUAUCAUGUAUGAUCAGUGUAGUCAUGUAUCAUAGUGACAUAUUUUGAGUCUCUAUGGUGUGGUUUUAUUGCUGGCUUUUUUCUAACUAGUUCUCUUGAAUCCUGUAGCGAAUGAUUUUCCAUUUGA